AUGCUUGAAAGCCUGGCAUUGCCAUCAGUAUUUGACGUUGAAUGGUCGCAUCGAGCUCCAUGCAAUUUACCUCUACGAGAAACGUAUCUCGGCGCAUAUCUGCUGGCAAGGCGGGCAGAAAGCCGCGCUGAGUUGGCGACUCCGGCCAUCACCUGUUCGAAUCGUUCUGCGAAGUUGGCGCUGUUUCUUCAGGUGUGCAACACUGCUCCACGCAGCAUUGCAAUCAGAGACGCAACUCAAUCUGCCACGGCAGACUCGCACGGGAGCGCACCGCCCACAAUCGAGGAGCUACCACAUCGCCGACGGAAGCGAUUAAAAGAGGCUGCAAGUGUUUUGGAUGCGGCAGGAGAUGUUCCUUUACCACCAGAUGCAUCAUCAUCGCUAUCACAUGACGCAGCGGCCGCACCGGAGAAGUCUUUACGGCGAUUAUUCUCCACCUACCUGGCCUUGACGAAACCACGCCUGGCUUUUCUUAUCGUCCUCACAACCACGGCAUCAUACUCGAUCUAUCCGGUCCCAGCUCUACUGAGCACUUCCGUUACCGAUGCGCCUUCUCUCAGUACCCUCACCCUGCUAUUCCUCACGACCGGCACAUUCGCAUGUAUUGCGUCUGCGAAUACCUUGAAUAUGCUUUUCGAGCCACAACACGAUGCGAAGAUGAGUCGGACAAAGAAUAGGCCACUGGUAAGAGGACUGGUCAGCAAGCGAGCAGCUUUGGUGUUCGCCAUUGCAACGGGCAUGGUUGGGUCUGGGCUGCUAUGGUACGGAGUCAAUCCUACGACAUCGAUACUGGGCGCCGGAAACAUCGCUCUCUACGCGUUUGCCUACACAUUCUCGAAACGAAUACAUCCCGUCAACACGUGGAUUGGGGCUAUCGUUGGAGCCAUUCCUCCGCUCAUGGGAUGGUGUGCGGCUGCCAGUCAGUACAGCACCAAGAAUGCGAUGCAAGCGUCCUCGACCAGUGUAUGGGAAGAGGCACAGGAGCUGCUGUUCACAGAGCAGGCAAUCGGAGGAUGGUUGAUUGCAGGACUGCUGUUCGCGUGGCAAUUUCCGCACUUCUUCGCCUUGUCGUACGGAGUCCGGAAGGAGUACGCUGGCGCGGGUUACAAGAUGUUGACGUCUACGAACAUGCCCAUGGCAUGUCGAGUGUCGCUGAGGUAUAGUCUGGUCAUGUUCCCAAUCUGCGCAGGAUUGAGCUACUAUGAGCUCACGGACAGGGCGUUUGUCGUGACGAGCGGUGUUGCGAAUGCGUGGAUGCUGCGGGAAGCGAUCAGGAUGUGGAGGCUGAACGGCGAGAAGGGUUCCGCGAGGGCAUUGUUCUGGGCGAGUGUCUGGCAGUUGCCAAUCGUGCUGGUAUUAGCCAUGGUGCAGAAGAAGGGGUUAUGGGAUCGCAUAUGGGCUGGGAUUUAUGGCCAUCCAGAGCUCGAGGAGGACUGGGAGGAAGAGGAACUGUAA